UUCGAUUCUUGUUUGUUGAGUGGAGAAGUGUAAAAAGAAAAAAAUAAAUAUAUAAUGUCUGGUCGUGGUAAAGGUGGAAAAGUGAAGGGAAAGGCAAAGUCGCGCUCAAACCGCGCUGGCCUGCAGUUUCCCGUUGGUCGUAUUCAUCGGCUUCUUCGCAAGGGCAACUAUGCCGAGCGUGUUGGUGCCGGUGCUCCAGUUUACUUGGCGGCUGUUAUGGAAUAUUUGGCCGCUGAAGUUUUGGAGUUGGCUGGUAAUGCAGCCCGCGACAACAAGAAAACCAGAAUUAUCCCUCGCCAUCUGCAAUUGGCCAUCCGCAACGAUGAAGAGUUGAAUAAACUCCUUUCGGGCGUCACUAUUGCCCAGGGCGGUGUGUUGCCUAACAUCCAAGCAGUUCUGUUGCCUAAGAAGACCGAAAAGAAGGCUUAAAUUACGAAUUAAUGCAAAUCUAAACCAAAACCAAAACCAAACGUCCUUUUCAGGACGAC